UGAAGGGCUGCGUGAGCGAACUCCCCGAGACAAGAGGCGGUGGUGGGCUUCGAACCCCCUCCCCUCCGGUCCGUUUCGCGAAGAACUCGGAGUAUUUUGUCCCGUGUCGAGCCCCCUCCUCCAGGUGCUGCGCGUUGCCAUGGCACUUUCCGCCUGGCUCCGGCCAGGGAGAGAGGAGGCGUCGCGGCCUUUGCUGGCCUGAGGCCGAGGGGCCGCAGCUUCUCGGGGCCUGGUUCCUUCCGUGCUGGCCCGGCCCCGGGCACCCCGCAGCACGUCCCCCCCCCUCCAGCUGCCGCCUCCUGCUGCUUCCCUGGGCUCUGGGAGGGGGCGGCGGGCGCUGCCCAGAGCUGCAGGCGGCGGCGGCGGCGGGGAAGAUGGCGGGGAACGGUGGGGGCUUCGCCGGCGCGGGAAGCGGGGAGAUCAUCCAGCUCAACGUCGGGGGCACCAGGUUCAGCACCUCAAGACAAACACUAAUGUGGAUUCCAGAUUCCUUUUUUUCCAGUUUACUGAGUGGAAGAAUUUCAACACUUAAAGAUGAAACUGGUGCUAUAUUUAUUGAUAGAGAUCCAGCGGCAUUUGCACCCAUCUUAAAUUUUCUUCGUACAAAAGAGCUAGACUUACGGGGAGUGAGUAUUAAUGUUCUCAGGCAUGAAGCUGAAUUUUAUGGAAUCACUCCUUUAGUAAGAAGACUACUCUUAUGUGAAGAGCUGGAACGCUCAUCAUGUGGCAGUGUUCUUUUUCAUGGCUACCUGCCACCACCAGGCAUUCCCUGUCGUAAAAUAAACACUACCACGGGGCUGUGUAGUGAUGUUAGAACAGGUCAGAGCCACUGUGAAGCCGAGGUCCGAGGAGGUAGUGUCCAACCUACACUUGCUGGUCCUAGCGAAGGCAUGGUCAGGCUAGGAUUUCCUGUGGAUCCUCGAAAGGUUCUGAUAGUAGCUGGCCAUCAUAACUGGAUUGUAGCUGCAUAUGCCCAUUUUGCUGUUUGCUAUAGAAUCAAAGAAUCUUCAGGAUGGCAACAAGUUUUCACAAGUCCAUAUCUGGAUUGGACUAUUGAACGAGUGGCUCUGAAUGCUAAGGUCGUUGGAGGGCCACAUGGGGACAAAGAUAAGAUGGUUGCUGUUGCCUCUGAGAGUAGCAUCAUCCUGUGGAGCAUUCAGGAUGGUGGCAGUGGUAGUGAAAUUGGAGUCUUCAGUCUUGGAGUCCCUGUAGAUGCUCUCUUCUUCAUUGGCAACCAGCUGGUGGCUACUAGUCAUACAGGAAAGGUGGGAGUAUGGAAUGCUGUGACUCAGCAUUGGCAGGUUCAGGAUGUUGUCCCUAUCACCAGUUAUGAUACUGCUGGAUCUUUCCUGCUGUUGGGCUGUAACAAUGGCUCUAUAUAUUACAUAGAUAUGCAGAAAUUUCCCUUGCGAAUGAAGGAUAAUGAUCUUCUGGUGACAGAACUUUAUCAUGAUCCCUCCAAUGAUGCCAUUACAGCACUCAGUGUCUACCUCACACCCAAGACAAGUGUAAGUGGUAAUUGGAUUGAGAUUGCAUACGGCACCAGCUCUGGAGCAGUAAGAGUGAUUGUACAGCAUCCUGAAACAGUUGGAUCAGGCCCUCAACUUUUUCAAACCUUUACAGUUCAUCGAAGUCCUGUUACAAAGAUUAUGCUGUCCGAGAAACACCUGGUGUCCGUUUGUGCUGACAACAACCAUGUUCGGACAUGGACAGUGACUCGAUUCAGAGGAAUGAUUUCCACACAACCAGGGUCUACUCCCUUAGCUUCAUUUAAAAUCUUAUCCUUGGAAGAAACAGAGAGCCAUGGUAGUUACUCUUCUGGAAAUGACAUAGGACCAUUUGGUGAGCGUGAUGAUCAACAAGUGUUCAUCCAAAAAGUUGUUCCUGUCACUAAUAAACUCUUUGUGAGGUUGUCUUCUACUGGGAAAAGAAUAUGUGAGAUCCAGGCUGUAGACUGUACCACAAUUUCUUCAUUUACUGUACGGGAAUGUGAAGGAUCUAGUAGGAUGGGCUCAAGACCACGACGUUAUCUCUUUACCGGUCAUUCAAAUGGCAGUAUUCAGAUGUGGGAUUUGACCACAGCGAUGGACAUGGUUAAUAAAAGUGAAGACAAGGAUGUAGGUGGUCCAACAGAAGAAGAGCUGCUUAAAUUGCUUGAUCAGUGUGAUCUGAGCACGUCACGCUGCGCUACUCCUAACAUCAGUCCAGCCACUUCAGUAGUUCAGCAAAGCCGGCUGCGGGAAUCAAGCUCGAGCCUCCAGUUACAGCAUCAUGAAACCAUCCAUGAAGCUGCUACAUAUGGCUCAGUAAGACCAUAUAGAGAGAGCCCUCUAUUAGCAAGGGCAAGACGAACCGAGAGCUUUCACAGUUACAGGGAUUUUCAGACAUUUAAUAUGAACAAAAGUGUGGUGGACAAGGUUGUCGCUGAGACUGGCAAUUUGAGUCUAAUACAAGCUGAAAUGAAGAAAGCAGCAGGUGAGAGCAAUUCAACAGACAAAAAGGCAGCAGUACUUGAAGUAAGAGCUGCUAAAAUAUCAGAUGGUGGGGCAGAGGUUCAGAAAAUGCCUGAAAACUCUUCAGAAGUGAAGAAAAGAGGGCCAGAUGAUGAAAAUGAGAACAAAGUAGAGAAUAAAAAGAAAAGUGGAUUUGAUGGAGGAGGGUUCCUAGGGAGAAAGAAGGUACCUCUUCUGGUGUCUUCGCCAAUUAUUGCAGAAGGAGGGCCUGAAUCACCUGGUACAGCAUCGCCAUCACCCACAAAGACUACCACGUCUCCACGCCACAAGAAAAGUGACUCUUCCUGCCAAGACUACAGCUUAUGAAAAUGCCUACAAUGAUGUACGUUUGUGUUUGAGAUGAAAGUUAAACACGUAACUGGAUGUAACUUUACACUACAUAUUUAUCAUAUAAAAAGGCUUCAUUUGAGUGUCUCUGACUGAAAGUUAAAACUGUAAUAAGAGCUUUCAUAUUACAUCUCAAAAACUUGUGUUUACAGCACAACCAACAAAAAUACUCUAUGUACUUCAUUUUCUUAAUUGUAUAAAGCUAAACAAUACUAGGUACAAAACAUUAAUGUAUAGUCCUAUUUAAUGCAGUCUAGCAUGCACUACAAUAUUUGUUUUAGGAAGAAUUUUCUAUUAAGGAUAACUGAGUUCCAUUACUGGACCUUACUUUCGCAAGCACCAAAAAAUUAAAUGCCUGUCAUUCAAGUGACUACGAACCUUGCCCUUUCACCUUCUUCAAGAUGAUAUAAAAUAGAGCUUUUAUGAUCCAGCUAGUUUUCUCAUUAAUUAUAAAAGCUGCUGUUUUUGAAGUUUGCCUUGUUUGUAGAGCUACUAUUUUUUGUAUUGACAAAUUUUAUGUGCUCAAUCCUUUGUUUAUGAAACUGAAAUUCAAAGUCUUAUGCUUAGAUGCUCUAAAAUUAUUUUGCAUAUAUUUGUCCUGAUAUUAAAAUACAAAGUAAUGUU